GCAACCGCCGCCUGUGAUCUCCCCCACCACUCUUUACUUCCAACUCCUCCGCCUUGAGCUAGAAAUUCGAAGCUGUUUUGCCGAUCUUCAACUAUUCUGAUCCACUCAAAAGACAUUUUACCUCUAAAAUCACAUACUAGGCACGACCGCAGACAGGCCCACAUCGCUCGUAAGUGGCUGUCCUGCCUCAUCAGCUGGUAAGCCUCUGAGCGGCUGUCACUUUCGGGCAUGAGACCGAAAAUGUCAUCAGAGGCUCUCGCCUUGAAAGGCAUGCAGAAUGCGAUCAACAUUGGCAGGAAUGACCUGCAAGCAGGAAGAUACAAAGCUGCCAUUGAUGCAUUCCAGGAUAGUCUUUCCGCUUGCACAUGCACCAGAAAUCGGGGACGUGUACACAGUCCGACAGCAAACUGCUUGAUUGCAGCUAUCACCAAGGCUGCUAGAAGCAGCGACAUAGAUGCUAUCUACAAGGCUGCCAAAUGCCGAUGCGCAUGUCGUGAGAGGAAGCCAAUGUGUGGCUAUAAACUACAUAAAGAGGCCCUUGACAAGCUGGCGGCUUGUUAUGCAGCCUUGGGCUUUUACGACGAUGCUGCCAAGUAUGCUGCUGCCCUUAUCCAUCUGUCGCCUGAGUCGCCAAUGGGAUAUUGCCGUUUCUCCAAAGUGCUUCGGCUACAAAUCGCCAGGCAGCAGCCGUGCUCCUUUGUGACAGACCCUGCCGCCACAACUGCCGCCAUUGUGAAGCAAGGGCUUCACAAUGUCCAAGCAUAUGGCGAUACCAGCGAUGCUCUCUACAAGGUCCUACAAGUCAUCCACUUCAAGAUCAGCCGAGCUGAUCCUUUUGAGAGGUUCACAAAUGAGCUCAAAGUCAUGAUUUUUGCCUACCUGCGCACAUCGGAUCUCUGUGCUUCCAUGAGGGUGUCCAAGGGUUGGCUACAUGCCAUACAAGAUGACCCCCGGCUGUGGGCUUCCGUGACCCUUGGGCAGAUCAAAUAUGCACCGACAAGGAGUGCAUUUGCCAAACUCAUUCAACGUGCUCAACGUGCAAGAUCUCUCUGUAUCAACGAUGCCAAGACCCUUGGCUUGGAUCAUGCAAAGUUCGAGAUGAUAUUUGCCAUACAAUCUCUCUGGCAUUUGACCAUCCGUGGACCGCCUGUCUCGUAUCCGUUCGAUCCCAGUUAUGCUGGUCACUAUCCAACUGGGCUGAGAUCCCUUACUCUUACUGGGAUUACUGCACUGGGAAACGAGACGCUGUUGACAAACAUGCUCCGUUACUCUAUCGACACACUCCAGUCUGUGUCACUUAUCGGAACAAGAGAAUUUGCCCUCCUGCAUAUCCCCCUUGCGUUCCCAAAUCUGAGGGCACUGAGGCUUCAAACCUCGAUUGAUGGCAGCACUCAAGGUGUGAUCCAUGACAUGAACCAUUUGAUUGCAGCAACACCCAAUCUUGAGCAGCUGUAUCUCGAUGCCUACAAUAUCAGGUUCAAUCCAACGAACAUUCUUGGCCACCCCAUCCAUCCAUUUGGAUGGAGCAAACUUCGUGUCCUCAUCCUUGGGGAGCACCUGCGCAUAGAGACGGAUCCUGCCCUCGGUCGAAGCUGGCCCUGGCUGCCCACCAAGGAACUCCGUGCAAUCGAGAUCUUAAGCGAGAGCCCCAGUGUCGCCCGCGAAGUUUUAUGGGCCCCAGAGCUCGUGCCAAUGGGGUUUGAGGGCUUCGAACAGCUUGAGGUCUUCCGCUGCCGAAGCCCAAUCAACUAUGCACAGCUGGAGAAGGUGGUAGGAUCAAGCUUCCGGAGUGGGAGCUUGAGGGUGCUCGAUAUACCAGCAUCUGAAUGCCUAACCAUUGAGGAGCUCAAUCAGUUUGACGAAACUGCCAUUGCUCCUCAGAUGUUCCCCUUCACGUCAGAGAGCCUCCAUACCUUCGGCCUGUCCAAGUUCUUCUUCGAGGACCUCGACAGCUACAACGGCUUGUUCACCGCAAGACCUUUCUUGGACCUGAUCGGCAAAUUUCCCAACGUGGAUACAGUAGCAGCCUAUCCCAGUGCCUACGCUAGAUGCGCAGAUAUCAUCAAGGCCCUGCUGUUCCACAAGGGGAUCAAACGGAUCUACCAGGACUGCCUCCUCGGAGUCGAUCGUGACCAGGUGAUGGAGAUGGCCCGGCAGAAAGGCAUCGAGGUCUUGCACCACAAGAAGUACAUGCCUCCCAUCUUCCCCCGGGACUUCGACUUCACCAACUAAGGUCUGUCGGUGACGGCCCUAUCUGCCCCCACGCCGGCACCUGCUGGACUGAGGGGGUGAUGGGCAUGGUCUUGAGGGGAAGCUUUGGCUAGGCCAUACAUGCCCAAUUUCAGGGGAGAUUUUUUGUUUUCGACAUGGAUGUACAGGAGUUGGGGAUACAGGUGUUUGGGGCUUGGAAGCCUGAAAUCGAUAUUUUUUUGUACACGGAUGUAAGGAUAUACCCGCAGAAGCUGAAUUAAGCUACAACUGCACCCGGAGGAUGGAUAGCAUCCGGGAUUUGAUUGGCAUGGCAAAAAGGGCACAAGAGUGCAGAGAUAGAGAGGGCUGGAGUGGCUACUGUGAGAGUACAACAUUGCAGAGGCUGGGAGGUCAGGUGUCGACCGUAAGAGUAGUAUUGUGUUCAUCAAGACCAAGAAGACCUUCAUCCUAUGACAGAG